AUGGCUUUAAUGGAUGUGAAAUUUGCCGUGAUCUUCCUAUUCCUGAUAGUUGUUGGAGCUCUGGGGAACUUCUUGCUCUUCUGUCGUUACACUUCAUCUCUUGACUUAAGGGGAUACCCGUCGAAGUCCACAGAUCUGAUUCUCAGGCACUUGACUUUAACCAACUCCUUGGUCAUUCUCUCCAGAGGAAUCCCGGAGACCAUGACAGCUUUUGAGUUGAGAUAUUUUCUCAAUGACUUUGGAUGCAAAGUUGUUUUCUUUGUUCACAGAGUGUCCGGGGGUGUGUCCAUUGAUAGCACGUGCCUACUGAGUGUUUUUCAGGCCAUUACUAUCAGCCCCUGGAACUCCAGGUGGGCAGUGCUUAAAGGGAAAGCUCCCAGGUACAUUGGCCCCUCAAAUAUCCUCUGCUGGAUCAUGAACAUAAUACUAAAUAUUGUGAUUCCUGUGUAUAUGACUGACAAACGGAACAACAAAAACACUUCAAAAAUUAUGGACUUCGGAUACUGUACUUCUGCACUUCAUGACAAAGACACAGACUUACUAUAUAUGGUAUUGGUAUUCUCCCAUGAUGUUUUGUGCUUGGGACUCAUAACUUGGGUCAGUGAGUUCAUGGUUUCCACCCUGUACAGGCAUAAGCAGCGGAUCCAACACAUUUAUAGGACCGAAGUGUCCCCCAGAUCCUCCGCCGAGAUUAGAGCCACCCAAAGCAUCCUUGUGCUGGUGACCACAUUUGUGUCUUUUUACACCCUCUCCUCCAACAUUUACAUGUAUUUUUCUAUUUCUCGCAAGAUCAGCUGGUGGCUGAUAAACACCUCUGCCCUAAUCAAUGCAUGUUUUCCAACUGCCUGCCCCUUUGUUCUCUUGAGUCAGGACUACUGGGUAUCCAGACUCUUCUCUGUGUGCACAGGAAGAAAUACACAAUUCCCUCGUCUCAUCAGAAAAAUAUAA